CGUCCACGACGUACGCGUACACGCGCGCGCGCGACAGACGCCUAUCGCCGUCGCCACACACGCACGUAAACGCGGCGACGCCGGUCAACGUUGCUGCUGCCCACGACUGACCGUGUUCUCUCCGUCGUUGUUAUACGUACGCGCGUAUCUAUACAUCGUUGUACACUGAAAUAUCGUCGCGCAGUGCUCGGAUACACGCGUGACCAUUUUUAAUACAGCGAAGCCGUCGAGAUUCUGUCUCCGAGUGUUCGGUUUACGUCGUUUGUCCCCCCUCGUUAAAAUGUCCGGUUUUUGGAGGCGUCCGUCAGGCGACCUGCCGCUGUGCGUCUCUUAACAAACUAUCUCGUCGUCGUCGCCGUCGAUCUAGCCAUAAGAGCGUCAUCGCUGUCGUCGUCGUUGUCGUCGUCGCGAUCAACGACGGCGGCGGCCGCGACGUUUGCCGUGGCCAUUACGGCGGCCGCUGCCGUGGCGUGGUACGCUUCUGACGACGGUGGCCCCUCGCCGCCGCCGCCGCCGCCGCAGACAUCGGCCGUGGCCGACACGGUGCUCGUUCAUGUCGCCAUGUGCGCGUGCCAAUUGCUCGCGUUCACGGCCGUCGUGUACGCGUUGUCCGCGUGCUGCGGCGUGCACGUCUUGGUGCGCGCGGCCACCUGCCGCGGCGGAAGGCGUAAGGCGUACCACCGCCAUCCCGGCGGCCCGCUGUCCGAACCGGUGACCGGUCGCGACUCCGAUUCCGCGGACGGCCUGCGCCACGGCGGUGACCACCCGUCGCACAUCAUCGGCGCCGACAAUCACGCGCACUACCGGCGCAGGAAGAUCAGAUCUGCCGCGCCACUGUUACAGCGGUCUGAACCACAUGAAUCAGAAUUGUUCAAAAGCGUCGCCGACAACAACCCUGAAGACUUAUUAAAAUCAUCAGACUCGGACCUGGACGAGCCGUUGGACUAUAAAGAGAAUUCCUAUUUCCCAGUCCGAGUGGGAUCCGUCAUCAACGACCGUUAUCACAUAAUAAAGAAACUAGGUUGGGGUCAUUUCUCUACCGUUUGGCUCUCUUGGGACGACGUGGCACAUAACUUUUCAGCUCUUAAGGUUGUGAAAUCUGCAGUUGAUUACACAGAAAGUGCGUUGGAUGAAAUUCGAAUGUUAAAAAGCAUUUAUCGCCAUCGAGAUUUGGAUACAAAUCGUACAAAAAUCAUUCAGUUGUUCGAUGAUUUCCGAAUAGACGGUUUGCGGGGUAUGCACGUAGUCAUGGUAUUCGAGGCAUUAGGACCCAAUCUACUUAAACUCAUCAAAAGAACCAACUACCAAGGGAUACCGUUGUAUUUGGUAAAACAUAUCAUCAGACAAGUGCUGCAAGGGCUAAAAUACCUUCACGAGACUUGUCACAUAAUUCACACAGAUAUCAAGCCUGAGAAUAUAUUGAUUUGUGCACAACACCAAUACAUAAAGCUAACAGCCGAAAACAGUUGCAAACAGAUGUCUGUACUGAGCUUACGUAACAGAAAAUGUGGAAAAAAUAACGCUGAUGAAAGAUUACAGGGUAAUUAUCGAUUAAACGGAAUUCGAUCGGAACAAUCGUUGGAUAUGGAAAGCGAGAGUUAUGCCGAAUCAAAUUGUUAUUUUAGAAAAAUUAGUAAAUUCAAAAGAUUGUAUGAAUUGUUGGAUGAUUUGGGAAGUGUUAAUAUUAAAAUAGCUGAUCUCGGUAACGCUUGUUGGGAGGAUAAUCACUACACAGAAAACAUCCAAACACGUCAAUACCGAAGUCUAGAGGUUCUUCUAGGUGCUGGAUACGGCACGCCUGCAGAUAUUUGGAGCACAGCUUGUCUGGCAUUUGAGUUGGCUACCGGUGAUUUUUUAUUCGACCCACACUCUGGGGCCACUUAUAACAAAGACGAAGACCAUAUAGCCCACAUAAUCGAGCUCUUAGGCCAAAUACCGAUGUAUGUAAUUCAAAGCGGCAAACACUCCAGCAGCUUUUUCAGGACCAACGGAAAUUUGAAGCACAUCAGUAACUUGAAACCAUGGUAUCUAUACGACGUGUUGACAGAGAAAUACGAAUGGAAUACAAAAGAAGCUAAAGCAUUCUCAUCGUUUUUAACACCGAUGUUGGACUUGGAUCAGGAUAAUCGAGCUUCCGCGACCCAAUGUCUCUUAAACCCGUGGAUGUUGGCAUAACGUAAUCGUAAUUCGAUUAUUAAUAAUUAUAUAAUUAUAUAAGUAGAUAGUUAUAGUGAAAUUUCCAUUAUUGUAUUAAACAUG